AUGGAUCAAGAACCCGAGUCGAAGCCCCUGGCUUGCCUGCCCAACGUAAAGAAUUCGCCUCCCGAUAUGUCUCCGAACGGAGAAGCUGAGGUUGGAUAUAAUGAAGGCGAAACUCCGCAACAAUCUACGGAAACGCCAUCUCAGCAAGCAUCUGCUUCCACAAGUGCGGAACUCUCUCACGCAAAACAGGGAGAAGCGUACGAUUCGGAAUCCAAAAAGCCCAGUUCUGGGCUCCUGACGCGCGGUCGUCGAGCGAUUGUCAAGCCUCGAGUGGUGGUUGUAAAAGACCAAUGCUUUGAACAGGCUGCAUCAAAAGACGGAGACUCCAAAAAUGCCAUCGCAAUAAGUAAAGCGCCCAUAUCAGGUUUGGACGAAUCAUCCCCGGAGAGUUCAACUCCUGUCGAAGAUGCUACCGGUCAACAUGAGAAGGCAACUGUUGCCAAUGAAUUGUCUGAGACUGGUGAAAAGGCUCCGGUGCUCCUUAGACGUGGUCGACGUCCAUUAAUCAAACCUAUAGUGCCAAAAUCUGAAACAAACAAUAAAAAAGCUGAUGAAACUAGUCAAAUUAAUGCCGGAAGUGAUGGCCCUACUGACAAGGUGGAGGUUUUCUCAUAA